AUGUCACGGCGGCCUAGGGUUGGCAUUGAGCAAAAAGAGGACAGAUUAAGCGGUUUACCGGACUCACUUAUCGAUCACAUUCUCUCCUUCCUUCCGACUAAAGACGCGGUGGCCACAAGCAUCCUUUCAAAACAUUGGAAACCAUUCUGGCGUUCACAACAACAAACCCUUUACUUCGAUGACACAUCCUUUCCAGACACUUUCGCUUUUCGCCAAUUCUUCAAAUCCUUCAUGAAUAUGCGAGAUUAUUCCCUACCCAUCCUCUCAUUCCACCUUAUAUGUCACUCCCUCUCCUACGACGAUUUCCACCGUUUUGCUUUUGACGCAAUUAUGAAUGAAGUUGAAAACCUAAUUAUCGAUUUCCGCCUCCCAACCAUAUUGCCUCCUUUAGUCCUAACUAACGUGGACUUGUCGGUCCUCAAAUUGAAGAGAGUGACAUUGGACAAAGUUCCAUAUGUUAAACUUCCUUUUCUCAAAGUCCUUCACUUGGAAUCGGUCACUUUCACUUGUAAUGAAUAUCUCAAAUCACUUCUACGUGGCUGUCCACUUCUAGAGGAAUUGGAAACAAAGGAUUUAAGAGUAGAGAACCCUGCUAUAAUGUCUCGUACAGAGAUUUCAGCCAUAGACAAUUUGAUCAGAGCUAACAUUUCCGAUUAUCUUAUUGACUUUGAUUGGCUUCAUAAUGUGGAGCAUCUCCACCUACAUCUGAACAGGACCCCACAUGGUGUUUACGGCCACAUGUUUCACAAUUUAACACACCUCGACCUUAUAUUCAAUUUUGACCGUGAUGAACAAUUCGCGGUUUUCAGGUGGAAAUGGCUUAUAGAACUUCUUCAAAAUACCCCCAUCCUUCAAACUCUUAUCAUUCAUGAAGUCUCUAAGGUUGAUGUACUACACUGUCUUAAAGAGUGGGAGUGGGGGUGGGAGUGGGGGUGGGAGUUGGAGUGGGAGGACCCAAAAAUUGUUCCAGCAUGCCUUUUAUCACAUCUUACAACAUGCUACCACAGCACCAUGAAUUGUGAGCUUGGAUUUGCAAAAUAUAUAAUGCAGAAUUCAAGACUACUAAGCACCAUGACUAUUCAGAGCGACAAACUCUUAGACACAAAUGCAAAGCUUCAAAUGUUAAGAGAUUUAUCUUCCUGCCCAAUGAUUUCACCCACAUGUAAACUUUUAUUUGUUUGA